AUGGAAUCCAUUUCAACAUCAGUUCCACCAGAUAUUCCAAACUCCGAUGACAGUAACUAUAAAUAUAUAGAUGGUGUAUGUUUUUAUACAGAUCCAAGUACUAAGAAAGAGUAUACUUGGAAUAAGGAAAAAGGCACUUGGGCGGAGAAAGGCUUUGAAAACUAUGAAUAUGAUGAAAUUUGUAAAACAUACAAAUAUACGGAUAAACAAUCAAAUAUGUCAUACAUGUGGGAUCUAAAGUCUAAUAAAUGGGAAGUACAAAAAAAGGAAUCCAUAAGUUUGGUAGAAGACAAAGAUUUUGAUGAUAAUAAUGAUGGAGAAGAAUUCGAUGAUGAUGAUGAAAAAGGAAGAACUCUGCGUACAGUAAAGCGGCAAGAUAUGAGUAAAGGAAAGUAUGGACAUGAUGGUAUUACUCAAACAUAUACUGAUCCAGCCGACGGAACAGUUUAUAUUUGGGAUAGAGAGAAAAACGCAUGGUUUCCUAAGAUUGAUGAUGAUUUCAUGGCCCAUUACCAACUUAGCUAUGGAUUUAAUUCAACUGACAGUUCUACUGUAAGUGUAAAUAGUACAAACACAUUAAAAUCAAAUACUAUUGGAGCUCAAAGUAAUGAAAAUCAAUCUGAACCUACCUUGAAUGCUUCAGAUGUAGUAAUUGAACCUGAAAAAAGGAAACUUCCGCAGCCUUCUGAACCAAAUUGGUUUGAGAUUGAUGAAGAGCAUAACACAAAAGUAUAUGUCUCAAAUUUACCACUAGAUAUAACCGAACAGGAAUUUAUUGAUUUAAUGCAAAAAUGUGGAUUGAUCAUGAAAGAUAUUGACAGUGGUCAAAUGAAAAUUAAGCUUUAUACUGAGAGAGGCACAGACAUUCUUAAAGGAGACGCUCUAUGCACAUAUAUAAAGAUAGAAUCAGUAGAUCUAGCAUUAAAGUUGUUGGAUGGUUACAUAUUUCGAGAUAAAGAGAUCAGUGUGGAAAAGGCGAAAUUUACAAUGCGUGGAGAAAAAUAUGACCCAUCAUUAAAACCAAAAAAGAAAAAGCGUAAAGAUAAAGAAAAGAUAAAAAAAAUUCAAGAAAAGUUAUUCGAUUGGAGGCCUGAUAAAAUUAUUGGCGGAAGAGGAAAACAUGAAAAUGUUGUGAUUGUUAAAAAUUUAUUUGAAAAAGAAACAUUUGACAACGAUGUAUCAUUACUUUUAGAAUACCAAAGAGAUCUCAGGGAAGAGUGCUCAAAAUGUGGUAUAGUGAAAAAAGUAGUUGUGUAUGAUGUAAGUGUAUACUAUAAUAUUAUAAUGAAUUGUCAGUUUUCUUUUUUAUUUAAACUGCUAUAA